CUGCCCUAUCCAUCUACAACCAUGUCUUACGCCGACGUUGCUGCUUCUGGUCCCAAGCAGAGCCCUGAAGAGGCUGCUGCCCCUCAACCCCCCCAGGUCAUCACCGACGAGACCGCCUCCACAGCGUCCCUCAUCGACGUCGACCUCCCUAGCGUCCACACCGUCCCCGCCGACUUCCUCGAGCAGGAGAUCCAGACGGAGACCCAGGCCGCCCGCCUCGAGCGCGAGGCCGCCGCCGCCGCCUCCUCCAAGAAGGCCAAGGCCAAGAAGCAGGUCAAGUCGGCCGACAGCUGGCUCCAGGCCCAGUUCGCCAGGCUCUCCGACAGCGAGGCCGGCGCCCUCGCCGCCGUCAACCUCGCCACCGUCGUCGGCAUCAGCGCGCUCCUCGGGUACAAGGCCUGGGGCCUGUACCAGCGCGGCAGCCUGUCGUGGAAGGACAUCGGGAUCGGCGCCGGCGUCGUCGCGAGCGUGGGUGCCGUCGAGAGCGUCGUCGGGCGGUAUCUGUACAAGACCAAGAAGGACGGAUCUUCGUAA